UGCUGUAGAUGUUAUUACUUUUACAAGGAUGUUUACAUAGAGUAAUGCAGAUUGCAUCAGUUUUAGUUACUACACGACCACACUUUUUUUUUUUUUUUUUUUUUUUUUUAAAGAAGCUUUUAUUUAACCAAACUAUUAUUAAAUGGUCUCAAUAGCUUUUUGUAAGAAAGAUUUGUAGCUAUAAAAAAUCCUAAAUGUUGAAAUCUAUUGAGUCAGCUGUGCCGAAUAGUUCAAAUCAGACGUCAUAUUAACUGUUUUUUUUUUUUUUGUAAAAAUAGAUUUAAUAAAAUUUGAAUCCAAGAUUAAGCAUAAAGUCAAAUAGCCUCUAAAUAUAUUAAUUCGUGUAUUUGAAUAUUUGUACGACGUCAACUAUUUCGGAACACAAGUGAAGGACAUUCCCCUAGCCUGUAAUAAAGAUUUCCUCCUUAAAUCCGUGUUUAACACUAAACAAACUCAGGUGGUAAAGAGCAGGAAUGAACUCUCUCACAUGGCACCAGUUAAUCCAAUUUGCGGAUUAUUUUUUUUAUUUAAAGAACUGAAAACUGCAACAGCCGUAAUGACCACAAACUCAAUCAGUGCUCCUUGUGUUUGUCUUUAACCAGAAGGCAAGAGGAUAUUUUUUUUUUCUCCCCAGUAUGAACUUGAAAAUAAAUAUACAUAGCCUAUAUACGCCUUAUUUAUUUUUUGCGACAAUUCAUUUUCGGCGAGACACCGCUCAAUAAUUGGAGCCAAAAAGUUGGAUUGAUUUUUUUUUUUUUUUAAAAGUUGGAUUUAAAACAAUUCGGUCCGUUAUUCCGUGUUAUCAGCACAACGUCUCGUCAAUUUCAAGACUGCUAGAGUGUUAAUGUUAAGCUCCUAUAUGAAUGAAUGAAUGAAUAAAUAAAUAAAUAAACGCCGAAAAUAGACGUUAUUUCCGUUAAUUAAAUUUUUGCGAAUCUGAGGAGGGUUUAUUUGUAUAUUCCUGUAUUUUUUUUGUCCCCCCUCUCUGAAUAAUAGGCGUGUGUAAAUGUGCCAAGGAGGUGCGGCCAUGGUGGAGAAAAAAGCCCCGGAAAAAAGUUCCUCCCAAACUGGAGUUGCUGUUAAAUCGUGGUGUAGGCGCACAGGUGGAAUACCUGCAGUAAUGCUCCACACAAAGCCAUCUGAGACAGCCUGAACCUGCAAACCUUCACACCAUGUACUGGAAAGAUGAACAGACGCUUUCCUGCCCCGGCGUGGAAGAGUUCAAGUCGGGAACCGAGAGCAAAAGCUCAACUCAAGACCUUUUGGAAGAAGUGUCGUGUCCGUCGUCUUCAGUCUCGUCGCCCACCGUCUCUUCACCUCAUGCCAUGACUGAGAAAGCCAUCUGCACCAGCUGCGGGAUGGAGAUUGUAGACAAAUACCUGCUCAAGGUAAACGACAUGUGCUGGCACGUGCGCUGUCUCUCGUGCAGCGUGUGUCAGACGUCACUCGGCCGACACAUCAGCUGCUAUAUCAAAGAAAAAGAGAUUUUCUGUAAACUUGACUACUUCAGGAAAUACGGGACCCGCUGCGCUCACUGCGGCAGGAACAUCCACUCCAACGACUGGGUUCGCCGAGCCAAAGGGAACACCUACCACCUGGCCUGCUUCGCCUGCUUCUCCUGCAAACGCCAGCUGUCGACAGGCGAGGAGUUCGCUCUGGUGGACGAACGAGUGCUCUGCCGCGUGCACUACGACCGCAUGCUGGACAACCUGAAACGUGCCAUGGAGAACGGAAAAGGCGUGAACGUAGAAGGAGCUGUACCUUCGGAACAGGAAGUAAACCAGCCCAAGCCGGCGAAGAGAGCCAGGACGAGCUUCACGGCGGACCAGCUGCAGGUAAUGCAGGCUCAGUUUGCUCAGGACAACAACCCGGACGCUCAGACGUUGCAGAAGCUGGCCGAAAGGACCGGACUCAGCCGCAGAGUUAUUCAGGUUUGGUUUCAGAACUGCCGAGCGCGUCACAAGAAGCACGUGAGCCCGAACCACUCGUCCACGGCGCCGGUGUCGUCCCUGCAGCCGGGCAGGCUGUCCCCGCCGCUGAUGGACGAGCUGCAGUACACGGCGUUCACUCCGGUCGACACGCCCAUGCUCACCGCUCUGCACUCGUAUAUGGACGGUCAGUUCAACCCUGUUCAGUCUCCGACGUCGCUGGUGUUCCAGCCUCUCCUUCCCCACUCGAUGACACAGCUGCCCAUCAGCCAUGCCUGAGACAAACCCCGCCCACUGCACCCUCUCAACCAAUCAGGUCAGAGUCUAGAGGAAAGCGUGAGGAACUUUUCAUCGCUCUGUUGACCAUGUCUUGCACCGUGACCCCGUAACUGUUCUCUCUUUUCGUGAGCGUUUACUGAAGGAUGGUCCAAGAAAACAAAAAGCUUUCGAUGUUAUUGUGAACGGCUGAAGUUUUUUUUUUUUGUUUUUUUUUGUUUAAUAUAUAUAUAUAAAUAUCUAACGGUUGAAUACAAUCACGUUUAAUUUAUUUGUUGUGUGUGACUGAGCACUUUGUUAUGAAAUACAUUUAUGAUGGAAGUUUUUUGUCGAUGUACAGCUGCUUUUUUUUUUUUUUUGUGUGGAUGAAUUGGAAGCUGAACAAAAUGUCAAUAAAAUGUUCAACGCUUACGGAACUCGUCUGAGUAACUGCACUCGUGGUUCAAACAUCUGACGUUUGGACAUUUUGGUUAUAAUUAUGAUUAACAACCUGAAGUCUUUUUCAAAACUUACCAAAAAAAAUAAAAGUAUAAGAAUAUCACUUCCAGGUGCUGUGGAUUUAAGACCCAAGUCAUGUACAGUGACCUCAUGAAAUAAGGGCGUGGCUUAAUUGAUUAACAAGUUAACAAAACACAUCGAGUGUAUGUACAUUAAAAUUUAAAUUUGAACGCCGUUUACUUCCUCUCAGACAGUCUGAUAUUGUGAACGCUACAUAACUCCGGCAAUAACUGGAACCUUCAGAGAGGCACGUUGCGUUUUUAAAUUCGAAAUACACUGCCAAGUUCUCGCACAAAACACGCCAACAGAGCGUCGCUCUUAUUUUCCUCCUGAAUGAAAACCGCAGAUGAACCGAUCGACACACGGAUCUGAAACGAUUGACGUUUUGCGUAACUAUCCGAUAGCGGUGGACUCUCUGAAAGCUCCGCCCCCUCCCUCCAUCUUGCAUCUGUUGGGCGGUCAGGCUAAACCGUUGAAACCUUGAUUUGCGAAAAUUUCUACGAGGAAAUCUCAGACGAGCGAUUUGUCAAAGGACGAUAUUGAAAAAUGUUUUCCCCCGUUCCAGGACUCGUAUCUCCGACUUUCCUUGAUUCCUCAGACUCCGUUUAACAAACUGGUACUUAUUUACUAUGACUGGCAUAACGACAUUUCAAGAAGGUCUGAUGGAGGAAUCGCGAGUUUUGAGAAAGCGCCCAUGUGUCUGCAGGUUAGUCGACUGCCAUGUCAAUCAAAGAGCAUCUGUGAAUGUGGGUGGGUCUUCGUCAUGUUGAUUGACCAAUCACUAGAGGUCUGGCUUGUGUGAUGAGACUAGCUAAUGUUUUGAAGAGGGGAAAAAAAAUAUUUAGCUAGCUUUUAGCUAAAACCGCCUACACGAUCCACGCACAGCUAAUGCUCUGGAUGAGUUGCAUCUUAACGACGUGAACCAAAUCCGUAUUAUUUCUUAAACUGCUCUCGAGUAGUGUAAACAAACCGGCGUGAGGUCUGUCUGCGAGUGUGAGCUCGUGUUUGGGCUCGUAGCGGUAAUUCACUGCGCUGUACUCGUACUGUUUAUACAGCGCGUGCAACAAAUUACACAGCUCUGUUCAGAUAUUAGCAGGUGCCAAUUAGUGGUUGGAGGGUGAUGACAGAUUUUGUCUGACUCUGAAAGAACAAAGCUGAGAGGUAAAGCGUGGAAAGAUGUACGGCUGGGAAAAUCUGACACUCGGGUGUGAGGCGUUAGCGCGUGUGCGUUUCUCUUAAAGACCGUCUGAUUCGAAGGCGUAUUCUCAACAGGCUUGCGUGCGUACAUGAUGGUCUUUACUUUCUCUCACGGUUUCAAGGGAACGCAUUUACCGAAUAAAUUCCUCGACGUGCGUCCAAAAAAAAAAGUCACAUGACUUCAUCUCAACAAAUCGCGUCAUCGAAUAAUCGGCUCAGAAAAGUAAAAGCGGCGGUUUCCCCGGAAGUGACUUUGUCCUCUCGAACACGUGGGAUGGAAACGCUGCUCUAUUCGCACACGUUCCGUGUGAAAUUCCAAUUUCCCGCACAAGUAAAAUACCCAACUUGGACGGAAACGAAGCGACCGAGAUCAGAGUUUUUCCUCCAUUCUGAUGUUUUGAGGAACUCGAGCGCUUGACCCGUAAUUGCAUGAGUUUGUGCACUGCGCUGCUGCGAUCCGAUUGGCUGACAGGAUAACUGCGUGAAUGAGCAGGCGUACAGGUGUUCCGUCCUAUUAACCUGGACGGCGAGUUUCUAUAGAAACGGGACGUUUCGUACACCGUCCCAGCUGUGCUUCUGAAUCUGUAGCAAGUAAAAAUACAAUACAUUAAUAAAUCUAAAACGCCGUCCAUUUCCCUUAAUGUACUCCAGUCAAUAGAAUGUAUUGGAAGAGGUAUCUAAUACACAGCCUGUAAAAUUUUAAACACGUGCGACGUGACCGAAACUGAACAAAAGAACAUUUUUUAACAUGUUAAAUACUAUAAAUAAAUAAAAAUAUUUGUCCCCCCGCAGAUGAAGGGAAAAAAAAAACACACGGCAGCUUUGAGCAGGUUCUCGAAUUGUAUUUAAUGAAAGACCACAGGAGUAUUGCUAUUAUAGAAAGAAAGAAAGCAAGAAAAUCACCUAUAUUUUGUGUACUUUACUUAUGUCGAGAGCACUUAAACCCUCAAUCUGAA